AUGGGGGGAUUUCUUGGGCAAGGUGGCGUCAUCUUUCUUGCCCUGACGCCAUUGGUUGCGGCCGCCGCCAGGAGCCAACCAGUGUUCAGCAUCGCAGCCAGAGACGCCCUCUACCGGGGAGCCCUUGCACUCACGCUGCAGGUGGCCGAUCACCACUCGCAUGCUCAGAAAGACGGCAACGAAAGCAACGUGCUGCUGUCUCCGCUGGCCCUGGCCUUGUCGACGGCGCUCGUGCUUGAGGGCUCGGUGUCCAAGACCAUCGACAGGCUCCUAGAGACGCUCCGCUGGGAGCUGCUCAAGGACGCUGACGUGCGCUACGUCCUGGCACACGCUUUGCUACGGCUCUCCCGCCUCCCGAUCAGCGAUGCCCGCGUUGAGGCAGCCGCCUUCGUGCAGAGGGACUUCGACGUGACCGGACCUUACCGAGAGUCCCUAGAUGCCUACUACGGUGCCGAUGUCGUCCUGGUCAACUUUCUGGACCGGAGGGCUGCCUUGACGGCAGUCAACGCCUGGUGUUGCAGGGCGACGGCUAAGGUCAUCACGAGUCUGCUCCAGGAGGAUGCGUACAAGCUGGACGCCACAGCCAGAUUCCUGUCCGCCGCCGUCGUCACCCUCAACCUGACCCACUUCGAGGGACUUUUCCCGGACUCCAGGGUGCAGAGGGCCUUCCAUGCCGUACAGCAGAGGGAACAGUCCGUGGAUACCAUGGUAGGGACGGGCUCGUUCGGCUACCUGGAGCUGCCGGAGCGCGGCUUCAAGGUGCUCGAGCUGCCCACGCUUUCGACAAACCUCAGCCUGCUGGUCGUGCUGCCUCACGAGGGCAAACCGCUGAAGAAGGUCCGGGAGGCCUUCGCCAAGGAACCCGACCUGCUGCUGGGCCUCCACGCACAGCUGAAGCAGACACUGGUGCGAGUCAGUCUUCCAGUCUUCAAGGCAAAGUCCGUUUGCGGACUCAAGUCCUCCCUGAUGGCGAUGGGGCAUAGCUACAUGUUCGACCGCUUCCAGAGCAACAUGGGCACCGUGAGCAAGCACGGCCACGUCUUCGUGUCCGACAUGCUCAACGGCGUGGCUGUCACAGUGAGUCCCAGCGCCCGGCCUGGAACGAUCAGCCGAACGCCCACGCCAAAACCCGGAGGAGCAGCCUCGUUCCAGGCCGACCGACCCUUCCUGUACUUCGUGCUGGACCGAGCCGAUCAGUUGCCGCUCGCGCUUGGUCAGUUCGGGAGUCCAUCCGGUUCCGGCGAGCUUCGUUCACCACAGUGUUGAAGAGUCGGUGCCAGA